UGUGACUAACUGUGAUGUGUCCGGUGCCCGUGUGUCAACAUGACCCCCACGAUGAUGUCCUCUGUUGACCAACAGAACUGUGAAGGUGAAGGUCAUCUGAUGGAGCUAGGACAGCAGGACCCUAUACUAAAGCAAGACCCAGGAACGAAACCUCUGGCUGCCCUGGUCGAUGAGGACGACGAGCCUGGGGAGGAGGACAGCCAUGAGGGACCGGACAGCAAGGAGGCGACGUCUGCUGACCAGCUGCUCGCCAAGAAGACAGUGGCUCAAGUGAUGAAGGACAAGAAAAAACAAACCCACCUCACCUUGCAGUGGUUGGAUGAGAACUACUGUAUCUGUGAGGGUGUGUGCCUGCCCAGGUGUAUCCUCUACUCACAUUACCUGGACUUCUGCAGGAAGGAACGUCUGGAACCUGCAUGUGCCGCCACAUUUGGCAAGACCAUCCGUCAAAAGUUUCCACAUCUGACCACAAGAAGACUGGGGACCAGAGGUCACUCAAAGUACCACUACUACGGGAUUGGCAUAAGGGAGAGCAGCCAGUAUUACCACACUGUGUACUCGGGGAAGGGGCUAACGAGGUUCUCGGGAUGCAAGCAUACCAACGAGGGCGGGUUCACAAGGAAGUACUCACUCAGCUCCAAGACUGGGACCCUCCUGCCAGAGUUUCCCAAUGCCAGGUUCCUCAUCCUCCCCGCCACGGUGCCGAGAGAAAAGGUAGAGACACUGAUCAUGAUGUACAAGACACACAGCCAGUGUGUCCUAGACACCGCCAUCAACGGAAACUUUGAGGAGAUCCAGAACUUUCUCCUCCACUUCUGGCAAGGGUUACCUGAACACCUGCUCAGUUUGGUGGAAUGUGACGUCAUCGUAGACAUCCUGUGCGUCUGUGACUCCAUCUUGUACAAGGUGCUGAUCGACGUCUUGAUACCUGCCACCAUGCAGGAGAUGCCGGAAACACUUCUGUGUGACAUCCGGAACUUCGCCAAACACUGGGAGAGCUGGGUCUCGUCUGCCCUAGACCACCUGCCCGAACGUCUGCUGGAGAAGAAACUUCCAGUUGCGCGGAGGUUUGCGCAGUCACUGAAACGGCAGACAUCCUUUCUCCAUUUGGCUCAGACGGCGCGCCCUGUGCUCUACGACGCCAGCCUGGUGAAUGCCAUGAUAGCAGACGUGGACCGUAUCGAUAUCAGCAGCAUCAGCAGCCAAGCCUUCCACAGCUGCAGCUCUAGCAGCAGUGAUGAUGAGGACGUGCAGUUGAACGCUGAAUUUCUCCGGGAGUUUAAGGAGCUGUUGAGGAAACAGGCGACAGUUGAAGCCUUCACAGAAUGGCUGGACAUCGUCGUAGAGCAAAAGGUCAUCAAGCCGAGUAAACUAAACGGGAAAAACUUCAAGAAAAGAGCCCAGGAUUACCUGCUCAAGUGGUCUUUCUUUGGCGCUCGGGUCAUGCACAACCUCACACUAAACAACGCUCAAAGUUUCGCCUCCUUCCAUCUCAUACGAAUGUUGCUUGACGAGUACGUGCUGCUGGCUGUUGAGUGUCAGCUCCAUAACGACAAGGAGCAAGAGUUACAGUCCCUGCUGGAGAAGCACACGAAGCCAGACGACGUGGGCGCCAAGCUAAACCUCCAGCAGACGGCAGGCACGUGUUUUGUGGCCAACCAGAGCCGGACGCCCAACUCUGACCUGCUCAAACGUGAAGUCUACGGGGACAGCAUGACGUCAUCGUUUGGCCAGCAGCUGAUCUCAGGGCGGGAAACGUUCGGGUUGUCUCCCCACCCGUCGUCUGCAACUUCCAUCCCACAGCCUUUGCACCAAGGUCAGGGCCAGUCGUCCACCUUGAACCCCAUCCUCACCCCGCCUGUUUCACCCGUCGUGCCGAACCCUCCAGGUCAAAGGUCAAGUGUCAUCAGCCAGGGACCUAUGGCGUCAUUUGUCAACUCAGCUCAAACAAACUCAUCUCUAGCUUACUUUGGCCAACAGAACAACGAGUACCUACAAAAUGGCGGCCAGCUGUACCCGCCCACCACCACACACCACCCGCCCACCACCACACACCUCAGCAACGCCUUCCGCAGCAGCCUGCCAUCGACCAUGGACAACAGCGACCCUCUCAGCAGCCCGAGCCUCCCCGACAGCAACAGCUACAGCACACAGCGCAACCCCCCGCUGUCGUACCGCGGCUGUCCCUCCCUCUACCCGUCCUACCACCCUGGGACUCUCCUGCCCCACCACCCUGGGGCGUACAGCAGUACCCUGUACCCUAAAUCUGACGCCUUGACGUCGUACUCAGAAGUGGCGCCCUACCACCUCGACGUGACGCCCUUCCUGUCCCCCUUCUGCCACGGUCAAGCCAUCCAGCACGGUUAUCCCCUGGUUAGCUCUGCAGGCCCGGGGGGCGGCUGUGGGGCGGGGGGCGGCCAGACAAGCGGAAGUGCUUUCAAUCUAGUCCAACAGUCGUCUGCCUUCCCUCAGUCGGUGUACCAGAACCAAGACUACUACACAAACUCAGCCUUCAACGUGGCACCAAAACCUCUGGUGGAACAUGUUCCCGUCAUCCAGUCCAGACUUCCGGUCAGCCCCUCCCAGUUCCACAACGAGGCACGUGACCCCCUGAACCUUCUGGACAAGUCCUACAGAAACAAAGACUUCCUGCACUCCGUAUCUAAGGACGCUAUGAGCAUGUACAGCCGGGUCAAUGGCGCCACCGGAAGUUGCCAGAGUUCAAGAGGUCACUACAUUCACCAUCACACGCAGCCCAUGUCUCACCAUCAGGCUCUGUCUCACCACCAGGCACUGUCUCACCAUUUCACCAAUGAUGACUACCUAACGUCUGUGGGCAUGUCCUCUGUGGGGAUGUCCUCUGUGCUAGCGGGAGAGUCAGACCUGUACCCAUCCUAUGCUGACAACGGGCCUCUCUCCGCCAUCAACUAUCUGCCGUAACUCCUGCCCGAGAGUGACCCUAGCAUUACCUCCCUGUAACCCUGCCGGACCUCAAGCAUAACCUCCCUGUACCCCCGGGCUGAUAGACCCCCCCUCCGCACGAUAAAUUCAACGAAAAGUGAAGUGCCCAGCCUGCAAGUCCAGUUUGUGUUAAAAAAAACUAUACACUACAUUUGUUUGUGUUCGUACCACGUGAGAGAGAUCUAAACUUUUAAAAGUGC